AUGACUCUCCUGGCUCUCCCUUCCGACGUUCUUCUCCAUAUUCGCGACAGCUUAUCCUCUGUCACCUCAGAUGCAGGUGACCCCAGCCUCAGCUUGUCCACGCACAUCGCCUUCUCCCGCACCUGCCGUGCUUUGCGUUCUCUCUACGACUUUGUUUGCGACGAAGCCGAGGAUACCUUCUGGCAGGCGGCCUGCGCUUCAUCAGGCUUCGGGCGACCUCUACGUCGGGAAUCUGCAGGCACUCCUCACGAAGAGCCUCUCCCCAGCUGGCGGCAGCUGGCUUUGCUCAUCGUCGCUCAUCACGACCUGUGCGAAAUCCGGAGUUGUAAAGAAGCUAGCGCUUGGCUAGGUCCGCACAGCUGCCCCGGCGACGCCACACCAGCGGAGCCCCUCGCGUUCCACCCGCUCUUCUACUACCUCCACUUCUGUCCUCGCACACAUGCCCCCGACGCCGCCAGCAUCCUCCUCACGCAACUUCCCACUGUGCCGGGUGGGCGCCUACAGGCUUACGCGCCACUCGUCGGACAUUCACGUGCGGCAUGCGCGUUCGCUACUUCACCGCCCGUACGCGCAAUCUCCCUGGUUAGGCAAGGCGAGCCUGAGGAGAUGGUUGCGAGUGUCGCGAACCCGGACGGUGUGACGUUGCUCGACGUGAACCGUCUACUGGCCGACACCCUUCCGCGCAAUGGCGAGAACAUGAGUAUUGUCAUGGCCCACUAUCAUACCUUACUGGAAGCAUAUGCGCGCCCGGGUUGCUCCUUCGCGGACACCCUUGCACAAGGCGCGCACCGCGGUUUUCUGCGUGACCAUUCAUACCCUUAUCUUGACAAUGCACCGCUUCCGCCUGUUGAGGACGUCCCUCCGGCGAAGUCUGCGUCUGCCGACUCGUUGCUCGAGUUCCGCAUAACGCCUCCGCGCAGACGCAAGCAGCGCCGCAGCAGUCGUUCGCGUUCGCGUUCGCGCUCCCGAUCCGGUUUCUUCAUCUACGACGAUGCUGCCGAAUCGGAGUAG